AUGCGCCACCCAACACCACUGCAGAACGAGCCCCGUAAGAUCAGCUACAGCCGCAUUCCUGACACUGAGGCUGAUGGGAGCGUUGUCUCCGCCCCCAACUCUCCCCGCACCCCCCUGACACCGCCCCCCACCUCAGCCGCCUCCAGCUCUACUGACGUAGGCAGCGUCUUUGAUUCGCCACAGGGUCCCAGCAGCCCCUUCCACUCCAACUGUGACAGUAUCUUUGCAGUUUUCUCUCUUCCUCACGGUCCACGUUAGUAUAAUACUCCUGACUGUUCACCUUUGACUCACCUGUGUGUUCACCUGUGACUCACCUGACUGUUCACCUUUGACUCACCUGUGACUCACCUGACUGUUCACC